UGUGGAAGGCGUUACACGCUGAAACGUUGCUGCUGACUGAAACUGGUUGUAACUAACUGGGAGAGUGCGGCGGUACUAGUUCAGUCACGACUAUGUUUUACAGGACUCCCUAGCACAGGCAUAUAUACACCGAUAUGGCUGAAAUGAUUCCCGUCAGCCCGGGUUUGCUGUUGCCGUCCAUGAACGGCGUGUUCCCGGUCCAGGAGGACGCUGGUACCGCUGCUAUAGGCACUGCUGUUCCCUCGGCCUCCCAGGGCAGAGAGGACUACCUGUUUGUGGAGACCAGGCACCCCAACACGGUCCUGCAGGGCCUCAACAGCUUGCGGCUCAACAACGCCUUCUGCGACGUGACUCUGUGCUGUGGAGGGCAGGAGUUCCCCUGUCAUCGCAUCGUGCUGGCUUCUUUUAGCUCCUACUUCCAGGCUAUGUUCUCAGCUGAUCUGAUAGAGUCCAAGCAGGAGCGUGUUGCCAUCAAUGGUGUUGAACCUCAGAUGAUUGGCAUGUUGGUGAGUUACGCCUACACAUCAGUGGUCUACAUCUCCAAAGCAAAUGUACAGGCGCUGCUGGCAGCAGCCAAUCUGCUGGAUGUGAUGGCUGUGCGGGAGGCUUGCUGUUGCUUUAUGGAGCGUCAGAUGGAUGAGAUGAACUGUGUUGGGAUUCACUGCUUUGCUGAGGCCCACUCGUGUAAGGUGCUGGAAAAACGCAGCAUGGACUACAUCCUGGAGCACUUUGGCAGUGUGUGUCAACAGGAGGAGUUUUUGUCUUUGUGUGUGGACAAACUGACAGAAAUCACUGCCAGUGACCUUCUCAACGUGCCCAAAGAGGAGAUGGUUUUUGAAGCCGUCAUGUUGUGGUUGAAUAAAUGUCCGUCACGCAAGCAGAGUUUUGAAAAGGUUCUCGAGCACAUCCGCCUUCCUCUCAUAAGCCCCUACUACCUCCAUGAUGUGAUCGAGUCUUUGGAUGUGGUGAAGGAGAAUCAGGGCUGCCAGAAGCUCAUCUCUGAGGCCAAGGACUACCUGCUGCUGAAGGACCGCCGUGGAGAGCUCUACUGCCCCAGAGCGAGACCUCGCAGGUCUACGGGGGCUGCUGAACUGAUAGUGACGGUUGGCGGAGAAGAUGACAAGGUUGUGCUCCGCAGCGUUGAGAGCUUCGACCCUGUAACAAACCAGUGGAAGAAUCUGGCUUGCCUGCCCUUUGCUGUGAGCAAACACGGCCUGGUGGUGUCAGGUUCGACUCUGUAUCUAGCUGGAGGAGAGUUUCCUGAUGGCUCAGCCAGCAGAGAAAUGUGGCGCUAUGACCCCUGCUUUGACUCGUGGAUGGAGAUGGCUCCCAUGAAUGUAGCUCGCUCUGAGUUGGGCCUUGUGAUGCUGGAUGGUUUUGUCUACGCUGUUGGUGGAUGGGAGGGCCGCUCUCGUCUUGACUUGGUGGAGUGCUACAAUCCUCACACCAAUUCUUGGCAAUUCACAGAGUCAGUAAAGAUGGCUGUCACUAGUCCUGCAGUGGUGGCGCUGGAUGGCCUGCUCUAUGUUACUGGUGGUGCAGUUCUAGAGGAUGGUGAUGGGACAGAUCUCGCCCAGGUUUACAACCCUAAAACUGCAGCCUGGACAGAAGUUGCUCCGAUGCAGAUUGCUCGCUCUGGUUCAGCUGCAUGUACACUCAAAGGAAAGAUCUAUGUAAUAGGAGGUUGGCAUGCGUCAACGGAGAACACUGAUAAAGUAGAGUGUUACAAUCCCAAGACUAAUCUGUGGACCAUGUGCGCCCCCAUGAAGGAAAGACGCUACCGGCCAGGUGUUGCUGUAGUAGAUGGCAAGAUUUAUGUCUUGGGAGGAGAAGAGGGCUGGGACAGAUAUCAUGACACUAUAGAGAGGUACUGUGAUGAAACUGACACAUGGGAGAUUGUUGGGGAGAUGCCUACUAGUCGGAGCUGGCUCAGCUGUGUGUCUCUACAGCUGAGGAAGGACAUUCACAUGAACAGCUGUCCUGGUACGCCAAAUGACAGCCAAAGAAUGUUGUCAUAAGAGAGGGAUUUUGUGGUUGCAUUCGUUACUGUUCAUGGAGAUGGUGCACUACCAAGCUCAGAGCUGUGGGCCACCAGCACACCGAGGAGCCUGCAUUUGGUACAGGCCUGUUGCAGGUGACAAAAAGUGAAGGGUUCCAGUUGAUGACGUUUUAUGGAGCAAGACUCGUUCACUUGGAUUACUAUUUUUGGGGUGGCUGUUGUGAGGCCAAUAUUUACAAACGUCAUCUCAAAUUACAGUGAUCUAAAACCUAGUCUGAACUCACUCUCUGUAUGAUGUGAACAUGUUUAAAGUGUUUUGAUGUCUAAAGAUGUUCCUAGCCAACAUAGUGUAUUUUUGUAUUGUGUGACAUAUUUAUUUGGAGCGUAAUUUGUUGUCACAAUGGCCUUUUUGUACAUGUCACAAAAUCUCUGUGUAUUUGUGUGUGUGUGUGUGUGUGUGUGUCUGUGUGUGAGAGAGAGAGAAAGUGAUUGUGUGAAACUACUAAGCUCUGAAUGAUCAUCUUUACAGCCUGAUAUGUGGAAGAUAUUUUUGUAAUGUGGCGUGAGUCCUACAUUUUAGUGGAUUUAAGUACAGUUGGCUUGUAAUAAAGAUGUUAAUUCCUAACUUCA